AUGGAUCAAAGCAUCAAACAGCAUUACCUGGCCGACUCGCCUCCUACGGUGGUCAGGCUCGAGAUCAAGUCACACUUUGAUACUCUCAAAGACCAAAACCUGAGAAAAUAUGCGCACUUUAUGAGCAGAGCUGCAUUCGAGGGCACUCGAGUCACCCUGCGGCAGGUUUCCCCCGAGUCCGAACCCAUCUACGAUCUCAUCCUGUCACUCUACCAUGCCUCCAAUGGCGAUUGGAACAGCCUCGCCCAGAAAACACAGGUCAGCUCCGAGGACCUCCGUUUCUUCCUCGAAUAUGCGGGUCAAUUCCUGGGAAAUUGCGGAAACUACAAGGGCUUUGGUGACUCAAAGUUUAUCCCACGGCUGCCCGCAUCUGCGUUCGAGGCUCUGGCCUCGGCCACUGCGGAGACAAAGGCAGCUUUCCAGAAGGCCAAUACCACUGGAGGAGGGAUCUAUGAGACCAGUGAACAGUCGAUGAUGCACCUCGGAUACCCCAAAGGAGGCCAUAUGACUACCUACUACCCUGAUUCGCCGACGAUCUCACAGGAGGAGAUCACAGCAAUUGGUGACUUGAUGGAAAAAAAGGGACUCGCGCUGGAGAACACAAGAAUUCGGAAGACAUCCUCGGGUGAUUUCGACCUUUUGAUCGCAUCUGGUGUUUCAUCCCCUCCUGUAAAGGACCGGGACCUCGGCGAUGUGGACACAUUCGAGCUUGAUGGAGACCUGAAGGGAAAGACGCUGCGUCUUGUCUUCGGUGACCACCAGGAGGAGAUGGCGAAGAUCGCGCACAGCAUUAAGCAGGCAGGACUUGCUGCUGCAAAUGACAACCAGAAGAAGAUGUUGGAUUCAUAUGCUCUCUCAUUUGGAGCUGGAUCCAUCGAAGCUUUCAAGGAGAGCCAGCGCAUCUGGGUCAAGGACCAAAAGCCCGUGCUGGAGACAAACUUGGGCUUUGUUGAAACAUACAGAGACCCCCAUGGUGUCCGCGGAGAAUGGGAAGGUUUCGUUGCUUUGGUCAAUUUGGAACGCACCCGAGCCUUCGGUACGCUGGUCGACAGUGCCGAGAGCAUGAUUCCCAAACUGCCCUGGGGCAAGGACUUCGAGAAAGACAAGUUCCUCAGCCCUGACUUCACGUCAUUGGAGGUAUUGAGUUUCGCCUGUUCGGGUCUUCCCGCUGGUAUCAACCUACCCAACUAUGAUGACAUUCGCCAGAAUCUUGGCUUUAAGAACGUGUCUCUGGGCAAUGUUCUCAGUGCCAAGGCUCCUAACGAGGCUAUUCCUUUCAUUGCUGACAGUGACCAGGAGGUCUACCGCACAUUCCGGGAUCCAGCCUUUGAGGUCCAGGUCGGCAUCCACGAACUGCUGGGUCAUGGAACUGGUAAGCUGCUGCAGGAGACAGCGCCAGGAGAGUAUAACUUUGACAUAAAGAACCCACCCAUCAGUCCUGUCAACAACCAGCCUGUAUCGACCUGGUACAAGCCUGGACAGACAUGGAGCUCGGUCUUUGGUUCCAUUGCUUCGUCAUAUGAGGAGUGCCGUGCCGAGUGCGUGGCCAUGGUGCUUGCUUGCAACUUUGGCAUCCUGAAGAUCUUCGGAUUCGGCGAUGGCAAGGAAGACUUGGCCGGUGAGGCUGGCGAUGUCCUUUUCGCAGCCUACCUUUCCAUGGCUCGUGCCGGUCUGGUUGCCCUCGAGUUCUGGGAUCCGAAGACCCAGAAAUGGGGUCAGGCACACAUGCAGGCUCGGUACAGUAUUCUGCGCACCUUCCUCGAUGCCGGUGAUGACUUCGUCAAGCUGUCUUACAGCAAGGAGGAUCUCUCUGAUCUGGAGAUUCGUCUUGACCGAUCCAAGAUCCUGACUCACGGACGUCCCGCGGUUGAGAAGUACCUUCAGAAACUGCAUAUCUACAAGAGUACCGCAGAUAUCGAGGCUGGUAAGGGGUUGUACGAUGAUAUUACCUCUGUUGACAGCUGGUGGGGAAGCACCGUUCGUGAUGUUGUGAUGAAAAACAAGGUGCCACGUAAGGUCUUUGUACAGGCCAAUACUAUCCUUGAAGGUGACCAGGUCAGCUUGAAGGAGUAUGAACCGACUCUCGAGGGUCUGAUUCAGAGCUUUGCAGAGCGUAAUGCAAUAAUAGAAACCACGGUGUCGCGAGAAACGCCGCCGUCAGACGCAUCAACCACGGCGUUCCCGCCCCAUUCAACCGACUCCCUAGAGGAGGAGGACGAUUAUUACACUGCACCUCCACCACACUCUGCAUCAGCGUCAAGCUCCUCACCCGCAUAUCCCCCGCCAUUCUCGUCCCUUAUCUUCUCAUCACUUCCAGACACCAAUCGCCCAUACAAAGUUACUGAACCUGGACCCGCUUGUCCUCCACCCUUAGCGCCUCCAGCACCUGUCGAGGAGUCGCUCGAGCCGGCCCAAUCUUCGGCGGUCGUUGCUGACACAAAGACAUCUUUUUCUGAACCAAAAAACGAGGGAUCUUCCGACGACGGUGAACCACCGCCGCCAUACACAGAAGGCUACAGUCCACUUGAGUCGUUCACCUACGUGAUGGCUGCUGCAGGAGGUGCAUCCAGUAUCAUCACCCAGGUCCAGCAGACCGGGGGUCCGCCGAUCAACACUCUUGGUGAUAUUGGUGGAGAUGAACACGUCGGUCUCGACCUUCGUGGUACUCGAUUCACCCUUUCGCGAGAUGAGCUGUUGACUUUGCCUGAAUUUGUCCUGCUUUCCCUCUUCCCCAAUGGCCUCCUUCCGGAUGGACAUGCUGCAAAUGGCUUCCAUGACGGGGAUGUAUUCCCGGUUGACUAUGACCCGGUCUCACUCCAGUACAUGCUAGAUUUCUUCCGGACUGUUGCUCAAACCAUCCCCUCAUCUCUGCCCUCCGGCUCAAAUUCACCAGACUUGGAUAUGUCGGACGCAAUGCAGGGCUCAGCCCGUGACAUGUUGCAAGACCGUGCUGGCAUCAUCGUCCUCCGAGAGGACCUCGACUUCUACGUGAUCCCCCUCGUGCCGAAAUUGGACACGACGAAAUGCUUGAAGUCAAGCGGGCGGCUGAGCGAGGAGAUUGGUUCUACUGAGCAGCAUCUUAUUGAAAUGCUGACAGCCGGAGGUUUCGAUCGUGCUGACCAGUGGGGCCAUCGUGCCCCAGAGCCUAACAAGGCAGUAAUCUGCAGUCUUGCACUGGCCAAACUCCGUACCGAUAUUCGCGGAGACCUAGCAAACAACAACUCUGUGGGCAUGGCUCAGAAGCUUCUUCUGUUUUGGCGGAAGCCUGCCCGCCGCUGCUGGUGGGAAGGUAUCGAGUUGGACGACGUAGAGGGUGUCGAGGGGCCAGUCAAGGUCUGGAUUCGGCGUGUGUGGACUCUGGAGAUGAGUGUUAUUGGGCUCCGAUGA